AUGAGUGCGGACUAUAACAACAAUGGCGGAAGUUCGUUGGAUUCAAACUACGACGAAACCAUUUACUCAACUCGCCUAAAUGAACUAUCACGGUUGCAUAGAUCAGAUGCUCCAGCGCCUAGUGAGCGUAGUACUGAUGCUGGUCCAAUCCUUCGUGAGAUCAGAGCUAGAGCGAAUCCGAAUCUUGGCCAACAAGCUACUAGCCCUGCUAGCAACCAAAACGGCGAGAGUUUUUUCAACACGUCUUUCCAGGUUAUCGGCAAGAAGCUCAAGGCUUGCAACGAUACUCUGGGGGAGCUCCAACAGCUAGGUGUCUCCCAUCACGUACAGCUUCCCCAAUUGGUUCUAGUUGGCGACCAAUCUGCUGGGAAGUCUAGUCUCAUGUCUGGGCUUGCCAACCUUGAACUCCCUCGCAGCGAAGGAACCUGCACAAGAUGUCCUCUUCACAUCCGAGUCUCGCAAAAUAGCGACUGGUCUUGCCGUGUGUCGCUCAGGAAGGAGUACUCCUAUCAGCCGCCAUUGGACAGACUCAUAAACGAGUCAGAUGUAACGGCUGAUGACCCCUUUUUCCCAUGGCGCAAGAAACAAGGGACGGCCGUGCACGAGUUCAAAACCAUGCAUGACAAGAGUGAGAUAGAAGAGGUACUUCGUUGGGCGCAAAUCGCUAUUCUGAAUGAUGACAAGCAUCACGGCCUCUUCAUCCCGGGCUCUGGCAGCAUUGCGGUGAACACUCCAAUCACCAAAGCGGCAGAGGAGACCGUCGCCAAGUUUUCGCCCAACAUUGUGGCACUCGAGAUCAGAGGACCCGAGCUGCCGGACUUGUCAUUUUACGAUAUGCCGGGCGUCUUUCAAAAUCCUGCAGAUGCCAAAGAUGACUACCUGGUCAAUGUGGUUCGCAACCUUUCAAUGGAAUACAUAAGGCAAUCCUCCGCCAUCAUUAUCUGCUCCAUGCCCAUGAACAGUGACGCCGAGAACUCGUGCACCUUUGGGCUUACCCGACGACUGGGUGCGUGCUCACGUACCAUUGGAGUCCUGACGAAAGCUGAUCUCUUGCCAAAUGGUGGAAACCACGAGCAAUGGCUUGCGAUAAUGAACGGCGAGACUCAUCAAACUGGCUUGGGGUACUUCAUCACGUCGCGUCCCCAGGGGGAAGAUUUGGACGAACUCAAGCGUUGGGAGGACAGGAUGUUUGAAACACACUCUAUCGAUACGUGGCCAUCUGCUUUUCACGGCUUUUCGGAUCGAUGCGGAGUGGAGAAGCUGAAAUCUUUCCUCUCUGAACGCUUGGGGGCAGAAUUUGCGAAAAGCCUGCCCCACACCAAAUACAAACUCAAACAACACUUGGACCAAAUCAAGGAGCAGCUGGCAAUGCUGCCAGAGCUUCCGGACAAUGUGGAGCUCGAGAUUCAGUCCGCUCUCAUGUUGUUCGCCGACUCGGCAAGGAUUAAGCUGGACUAUUUGACGAGGCAUUUCAGCAACCUGCCCCAGAAUUUCCGCGAUUGUCUGCUUAGCAUAAAGCCAAGAUUUACGUUGAAGGACAGCUCAGACUUGAUGAAAGUUGUUGAGAUCUCCGAUGACGAGUCGGAUAACGCAUCUGUGACUACGACGGCGACCACUCCGACAGCAAAGAGACGCGCUAUGCCAGCCAACACUACGCCCUCAAAGAGACCGCGGCUGGACAUGUAUGUGAAUGGAGGGACGCCGACGAAUAGGCACUUGAAGCCGGACGCACAGAGCGGGCUCCCGGGCAGGGCGGGGAACACCGCGUCUUCUCGCGCGCCAAGUGUCCGAAAAGGUGCGCUCCCAGAGCCUUUCACGGAGUUUACAGACCUAGGUUGCCGUUUCCGCACCUUGCGUCAAAUACGUGAUGAGAUCGGGGCCAAGACCAAGGCUGGCAUGCCUGAUCGUACGUCUGACGAGGUCUACGAAGAUCUCGCAACAGAAGCGGUAAGGCCCUGGAACGGGCCUAUGGACGCCUUUUUGCAUCAGGCCAUGCGGGAACUGCAUUCCGAACUGGAGACGACUUUGAACAAGUCGCUUGAGAAGCUGAAGAAGAGGUUCAUUUACGCAGAAGCCAAAAAACACUUGCGCGGCUGUCUCGAGGAGCAUAGGAAAGAGACGGAGAAGGAUCUCCAGCUUCUCUACCAAGACGAGACAGAAAGACUACUGACCUUUAACAAUGAUGCCUUUGUACAAUACAAAAAGGAGGAACUGACUGAGCUCAAACGAUUCAGACACUGGUUGCGUCGCAGAGCGUCGGGGGAUGAGACCAGAACGUUUAUUCCAGGCGAACAGCUGACAGAAGACGAUCGGGCACAAGAAGCCAGGAGGCGAGAGGCAGAGUUGUCGAAAAUGGGCCCGGAUCAGUUCUCACAGGAACUAGAGGUCGCUGCAUACGUUAGGGGGUACUAUCGCCUCGCGGCCCUGCGUUUUGCUGAUGCGGUGUCUCAGCGCAUAAUCUGCCGCAUGAUCCCGUCGAUCCGGCGAAAGCUUGCGCACUAUUUGGAGGAUAAACUCGGCAUCCGCCGUCCCGACGCAGCAGGCAUUUACGUGAGACUGAUGGAAGAGGACGGCGACACUGCUGCGAAGAGGGUAACCCUCAAAUCCGAGAAGGAAAAAUUGGAGAAGGCGUUGGGGAGCAUCGAGAUGCUGGAAACCGGAACAGAGAGCGCUGUGUCCAACGUGUCCGAGUCCAUGACCCAGCCAGCUACUCAAACGGCCGAGACAGACGUGCACAUGAACGAAGGCAGCGUCGAGGAUACAGAGGUGUAA